UAUUCUUUAAUGCAGCAUUUGUGGACUUUUAUUAUAUUCUUAAAAACUUUUUAAACGAACUUGUUAUGGUUAAAGAUGCCAAAAAAUGUUUUAAAAACAUUUGUUUUCAAGAUUGUUUACAAGUACUUCAAAUCAAAAACUUUUUAAACGCUUUUUGACAGAUUAGCGUAAAUACCUUUGCGUUUGCUAAUUACUUGAAUUUAUUUUUAUUCUGUCUAAUACUUCAUUUGUUACUUCAAAAAAAUAAAAGGAGUCCGCAAAAAGUUGCUUUUAACUCAUUGAUACCAUAAAGAAGUAAAAAACUGUUAUGGCUUAUUCAAUGUUUAUUAAUUUAUCAACCACAGGACAAGUUUCCUCAUCUGAAUUAAGUGAAAAAUUAAGCACUCCAAUCGUAGUAGCGUUUGGAAUAUACUAUUUCCCUGUGCUUCUUAUCGGACUAGUAGGAAACAUUUUUAUAAUUGUUGCAGUACUUAAGUAUAAUCAUAUGAAAAAAGUUGUUAAUGUAUUCUUAGCUAAUUUAGCUUUAUCAGACUUACUAUUUGCUGUUUUAACAAUAUUUGAUAGCUAUACUUUAUAUCGAGGAGAAUGGGUGUUUGGAGAAAUAUUUUGUCGAAUGCAAGGCACUUUAAUUGAAGUGUCUUAUACUGUAUCAGUAUUAACACUAACAGCCGUAUCAGCAGAAAGAUAUUUUUCAAUUUGUUAUCCGUUUAGAAAAAAACACACAUAUCAACAAAGUCAAGUUCUUUCUUUUGUAUUGUGGCUACUAGGGUUCUUGUUUUGUGCCGUUCUUUUACAUGGUUAUACCACUCAAUCAUAUUUGUUACCAUUUACAACUGAUUUGAAAGGACAAGUUAUAUUCAAGUGUGAGAACGGUAAUUGGUCAGCAACUUCUCGUCUUGCUUUUUAUAUUACGCAUUCAAUCUUCAUAUAUUUUUUACCAAUUUCAUUUAUGUGUUGGUCACACAUAAAAAUUUCAAGAGUUUUAAUACAACCAAAAAAACAUUUUACUUCAAAAAAUAAAACUUAUCCAAAGGCUUGCUGCGAAAAUAAGAAUAAUUUAAACAAAAACAAACACGAGGCAAAAAUGAAGAGUUUAAAGGUCGUCAAGCUUUUGGUUUCUGUUACAAUGGUGUUUUUUGUUUUGUGGACCCCAUUUAUUGCGUUACGGCUGCUAAAGUACUUAGGAGUAAAAGUACCAAAUAACGUUUGGCGUAUUUCUCAACUGCUUAUACUUGGAACAACGGCUGCUAACUGCGUCAUUUACUCUUUGAUAAGUAAACCGUUUCGAUUAGCUUUCAAAGGAUUAUUAAUGUGUUUGCCACAAAUUUCUGGCAAUGAGACAGAAUUUGAUUCAGGAAAAAAUACAAAAGAAUUAACUUUAAAUAAUCGACUGUAUAGUAAUUCGGCUAUAAAUUAAAAACUAAUUUUUUUUACCCGCGUGAUCUUUGUAUAAUAUAUAAACAUUAUUGAAUAAAAAUUAUUUAAAAUAAUGACAAACUUUGUAUGUUUGUAAGUUUCUUUUAUUCAAAAAGAGAAGUUUUGAAUAUUUGAUUGAUAC